CCUUCCUCUUCGAUCUUCAUACAUAUAUAGAUUCCGCAAAUGCAAAGGAGAGAGAGAGAGAGAGAGAGAGUAAUGGGUGUGAUCCAGGUAGCAUUGCUGUGCUUUGUUGUUGGAGUUUUGGGGGCAAAAGCUGAGCAGUUGAGCACGAAAGAGUGUGAAAAUCUCGGGUUUACGGGUUUAGCUCUAUGCUCCGAUUGUAGAACUCUUGCUGAGUAUGUCAAAGAUCAAGAGUUGGUGUCUGAAUGUUUGAGCUGUUGCACAGAAGACUCUGAUGAUGCCAUGAGUAAGGUUGUUUAUUCUGGAGCAGUUUUGGAAGUCUGCAUGAGAAAACUAGUUUUCUAUCCCGAAGUCGUUGGGUUCAUUGAAGAAGAGAAGGACCAAUUCCCUUUUGUAAAAGUUCAAUAUGCAUUUAAUUCUCCACCAAAGUUGAUCAUGUUGGAUGAUCACGGAGAGCAAAAGGAAACCAUUAGAAUUGAUAACUGGAAACGUGAGCACAUAUUGCAGUUCUUGAAAGAGAAGGUUAAGCCAUCAUCAGAUAUCUAAUGUGGCUGGUAAUCUAGUCCCGUUUUGAUCAAGAGCAGUGUUAAGUGUUCAGCCUGCAUCUAGUUUCAGAAAACUCCAGUUCCCCACUUGUUCUUUUUAAGAAACUGUGAGAUGAGAUUAAUUGCUACACACAAGUUCAAAAGCUACUUUCAUUUACAAAACAUGCUACUGGAUCCUUGUGCUUUUGACGUAUCGUUUGGUUUCGUCGGUCCUGCUCUCUCUCUUUUUCUAUAAUUUUCUUUAAUUAAUCAUUACCAGAUUAUUGUUUAGGAAUACCCCAGAGAAGGGAACAGAUCAUAUUAUGAAGGAUAAUUACAUGAGGAGUUGGAAUAUCCAGUUAGCUGUG